AGUGAAUAAUCGUAAUAGAAAUAUUGAUUUAGCGAAUUUAAAUAGCUUUACGUAUUAAAAUCUAUUUAAAUGAAUGUGAUUACUAAUUGUAAGUAUCCACGCUGUUAAUAGUAUGCACAAUUGAGAUAGGCUGAUUAAAGAUUAACAUGACCAAAGUAGUAUCUGUAUAACACAAAGAUGGCUACUUCUUUGAGGCCAGUUGUAAAAAAGGUGAAACCAAUUCUCUCAUUUAAUCAACAGGAUGCACGCAGAAGAGCACUAGGAUUAUAUAAAUUGUUCCUUAGACAGAUCCCACAAACUUUAUUGGAGUAUGAUAUCCCUAAGACCAAUGAAGAUUGUAAGAAAAAGAUACGAGAAGAAUUUAUGAAACAUGCUAACAUAACAGAUUUAAGAGUCCAGGACAUACUUAUUAGCAAGGGAAAGAUGACAUUUGAAGAAAUUUUUAAUGUAUGGAUGCCUCAAGGACGUCUUAUGGACUACUGGCGAGAAACGGUGGAACCAAAGCCAACUGAUUUCAUGUCAAAAUUCCUUUCAGGUCAAGAUUGAACUGCUUAACUUCAAUUAGUAUGCUGUAUCUGUAUAAAUAUAUCUCAUAAAUAUUUGUAAAAUAAUUCAUAAAUUAUACGAAGAAUGAGUGUUGUGCAUAGAUGUGUAUUGUACACUAAAACUGUAAAAUAAAAGUAAAAAAGGGAACAAAAUGUAACUGUUUAUUAAAAAAAUCAAAUUAUACAUUAUUUGAAAAGA